AUGUACUUCCCCAGCCUUUUUCUCCGGCCUUCUCGGGUGCUGCUUGCUUCCGAAGGAUCAGCCGCAGGCUCGAAGAUGACGAGGAGUCUCCCGAGCAUCCGGUUUGGUAACCCCUGGAGAGACGAUUACCCAGAGUGGAUUUGGAGGGGCUUGCGCGUUAGCAGAAAAGAUAAAGACAUCUUCGCGCCGUUUUUCAGGUUGUUGAACUCGACCAAGAUCUACGAGUUCUGCCUGAAGGAUAACCGCCGAUAUUGCGCGUUUGUCAUGGGUGUUGGACUCGUUAGCUCGUGGAUGUGGAGCGAGUGGUGGAACUCGGUCUGGCGACGUGUCAACAAGGGGAAACUCUACAACGACGUCCCGUACGUGUAUCCGGAGGAAGAGUGA